UGGUGGGGAACGCAAGCAACCAAAAACAAGCUAUAGAAGUCGAAACCGAUAUUCAUAUAUGUGUGUCGUUAAUUACGACACACUGUAGGCUGAUUCAUUCAAAACCAAUGGGAAUCAUGCUGUCCCGACCACGUGGAGAUACCUCCCUUCCAGAAGAAAAAAAUGACUCUGCUCUAUCAGCAUCAGAAUAAGUUUGUUUUACCCUUCUAUACACAGUAAACCUGCAACCUUACAUUAUCGCUAUCCAAUUCACCCGUGAUUGAUUUACUGCCAAAGAAGUUAGCCCUGUAGCCUACAUACAUAUAGGGAGGAAGCACGUGCUGAAAGGCUCGUGGAUAUACCACGCAGUUACCUUAAAGGACCUUCGCAGGAACUAUCGGCAUGGAAUUUGAGGAGAAUGGCAUCGGAGAAGAAUGUGGGGUGUUUGGAUGUGUUGCAGCCGGAGAGUGGCCCACACAACUGGAUGUCGCUCAGAUCUUAACGCUGGGACUGGUUGCAUUGCAACACAGGGGACAAGAAAGCGCUGGGAUUGUCACAAGCAAUGGAGCCUGUCCACCCACAUACACUUCCUCCAAGGGCAUGGGGUUAGUAAGCAGUGCCUUCAAGGCUGAGGAUCUCAUGAAGCACCGCUAUGCCAACCUGGGCAUUGGGCACACGCGCUACUCCACCACGGGCAACUCCGAGCUGCAGAACUGCCAACCCUUCGUGGUGGACACCCUGCAUGGCAAGAUAGCUGUGGCACACAACGGAGAGCUGGUCAACGCCGCUGCCCUGCGCAAGAAGGUAAUGCGGCAUGGUGUCGGCCUAUCCACCAGUUCAGACAGUGAGCUCAUCACUCAGCUACUGGCGCUGACUCCGCCCAUGGAAGAGGUUGACGUCGCUGAUUGGGUGGCUCGUAUAAAGAACCUGAUGAGUGAGACGCCCACCGCUUAUUCACUACUGGUGAUGUACAAAGACGUCGUCUACGCAGUUAGGGACCCUUAUGGAAACAGACCUCUCAGCCUGGGACGCCUUGUUCCCGUGUCUAAAUUCCACAGCUCAGGUGGAGGAGAAGGUGACACUGAGGGGUGGGUGGUUUCCUCCGAGUCCUGCAGCUUCCAGUCCAUCGGUGCCAAGUAUUAUCGUGAAGUCCAGCCAGGAGAGAUCGUGCAGAUCAACAAACACGGCGUCAAGACUCUGAGUGUGGUCCCUCGGCCUGAAGGAGACCCACCUGCCUUCUGCAUCUUUGAAUAUGUGUACUUUGCCAGGCCAGACUCCAUAUUCGAAGGUCAGAUGGUGUACACAGUCAGACAACGCUGUGGAAGGCAGCUGGCCAUCGAGGCACCCACUGACUGUGAUGUAGUCAGCACAGUGCCCGAGUCCGCUACACCUGCUGCACUAGGGUACGCCCAACAGUCUGGCCUGCCGUAUGUGGAAGUCCUGUGCAAGAACCGCUACGUGGGGCGGACGUUCAUCCAGCCAAACACACACCUGCGUCAGUUGGGCGUGGCCAAGAAGUUCGGAGUGCUGAGUGACAACUUCGCAGGCAAACGGGUGGUGCUGAUUGAUGACUCCAUCGUCAGGGGCAACACCAUCUCCCCCAUCAUUAAGCUGUUGAAGGAGGCGGGGGCCACGGAGGUCCACAUCCGUGUGGCAUCCCCACCUAUCAGAUUCCCGUGCUACAUGGGCAUCAAUAUUCCUACCAAAGAAGAGCUCAUUGCAAACAAGCCAGAGUUUGAGGACAUUGCCGGGUACAUUGGUGCCACCAGCGUGCGCUACCUGUCCGUGGAGGGCCUGGUGUCAGCGGUCCAGGCUGGCAUCUCAUCGCACCAGGACAAGGAGGAGAGAAUCACUAACGCCAACACUACCUCCAGCAGGAAGGUGGGCCACUGCACCGCCUGCCUCACUGGGAAGUACCCAGUGGAGCUGGAAUGGUGAUCUGAGAUCAGACCACUACAGGACGCCCCCCACCAUCAACGCACCAAGUGUUACAGCCUUACUCUAGCCACUCCAUCAACCACUAAGGCGAUCUCCUGGACUCUGAAUUGUUUUCAUCAGGGUAGUAAAUGUAUGGCUCAAGCUUGAUCAUUAUAGCCCUGCUAAGAUUGUGCCACAACACCAUUUCUAGAUUUAGAGUCUCAACGGUGGACUGCCACCUAAACCAUCAUUAUGGACAUUAAUGGUCAGUUAGCUUAUUACAAACCAAUAAAAGGUCAGCAAUGAUUAUGGCACAAAGUUUGGCAAUAAUGUUACUGCAUGUGGACAGGGUCGUUUUUUCUUCUUCUUUUCGUUCAAACACACUACAGACACUAAACAACGCACACUGGAUUUUGUACUUUUUGUAUGUUUUAUUUUCCUUUGUUCCCCCCCUUAUUUUCCUUCAGAAACAUUCCCUGUUUAGUCAGAGAUUCAAUGACUAAAGCAAUUUACAACAUGAAAUUUCAACAAUUCCAGAUGUCAUUCUUAAAAUGUAUGUCAAAUGAAAUAAAGGUCCAUUUUGAACACCA